AUGGACUCUGAGGCAGACUUUCGCCGCUCCUCACGGAUAUCCGUGAGCAAUGCUGAAGCUGGCACCGAUACCAAAAAGGCCGAUCGAACGCUGGAGGAUCUAGGAUAUACCCCGGAACUCGCUCGUAACCGUUCCAUCUGGCAAGUCACUUUUAUGUGCUUUAUUUUGUCUUCCGUUCCCUAUGGAUUGUCAACCACCCUUUACUACCCGCUCGCUGCUGGUGGUCCUGCCAAUAUUAUCUGGGGCUGGGUCCUGGUUUCGUUCUUGAUUCUCUGCGUGGGGAUUUCGCUGGCCGAAAUCACCUCGGUCUACCCAACUGCUGGUGGUGUCUACUAUCAAACAUUCGUUCUAUCUCCGCUUUGGUGUCGUCGUGUCGCAUCCUGGAUUUGUGGGUGGUCCUACGUCGCUGGAAACAUCACCAUUACUCUUGCCGUCAAUUUUGGAACUACUUUGCUAUUUGUCUCUUGUCUGAAUAUCUUUGAAAAGUCCCCCGGUGUUGGUCUUACCGACGACUUCCAGGCUUACCAGACCUUCUUGAUAUUCUUGGCGAUCACCUUCUUGACACAUGCGAUCCCCGCCUUGUUAAACAAGUAUUUGCCUUACCUCGAGACAUUCGCUAUCUUCUGGACUAUUGCCGGCUUGAUUGCCAUCGUCGUGUGUCUUCUGGCGAUCGCAAAGCAAGGUCGCCACAAUGCCUCUUGGGUUUUCGGUGAAUUCGUGCCGCAAGCUGGCUGGCCGGCUGGCUGGUCGUUCUUCAUUGGUCUUUUGCAGGCAGCUUAUGCCACAUCAGCGACCGGAAUGAUUGUCUCCCUUUGCGAAGAAGUUGAAGAGCCCGCCGUCAUGGUGCCCAAGGCCAUGGUAGGCACUGUCUGCAUCAACACUAUUGCGGGUCUUCUUUUCCUGGUCCCUGUCUGCUUUGUCCUUCCUGAUUUGGAAAUGUUGGCCAACCUCGCUUCAGGUCAGCCCACGCCGGUGAUCUUCCAGAAAGCGAUUGGAAACAAUGUUGGCGCCUUCUGCCUCAUGAUUCCUUUGCUGGUUCUUGGGCUCAUUUGUGGAAUUGGAUGUGUCACUGCAACUUCCCGUUGCACCUGGGCGUUUGCACGUGACGGUGGCAUUCCUGGCUCCGGCUGGUGGCGUGUCGUUGACAAGAAGCUUGACAUUCCACUCAACGCCAUGAUGCUGGGUAUGGUGGUCGAGAUUGCCCUGGGCGCUAUUUACUUCGGUUCAACCGCUGCCUAUAACGCCUUCUCGGGUGUCGGUGUCAUUUUUCUGACCAUGAGCUAUGCCUGUCCCAUUGCUGUGUCUUUCUUUUUCCGCCGUCGGGAAGACAUCAAGAAUGGAAACUUCAACUUUGGCAUUUUUGGUGCGAUUGCUAAUGUUAUCGCUCUCUGCUGGAGCGUGCUUGCCAUUCCAUUGUUCUGCAUGCCAACAUUGAGUACCGUUACCAAGGAAAGCAUGAACUACGCGUCAGUGGUGUUUGUUGGUUUUGUGCUUAUCGCAGCUGUUUGGUAUGGUGUCUGGGGCUACAACAACUACCGAGGCCCCCCUACCGAUGCAGUAGAGCACGACAGCGACUCGAUGCCCGAAGCGACUGCCGAUCUUCAAAAACCAAAAUCCCGCUAA